UGCACAGGUUUCUACGGCAGCCUCAUCUUGAAGAAGCUCCUGAGGACGUGCACCGAAAUUGGCAACGUUUACAUUAUGACAAGAGAGAAAAAAGGUUUCUCUGUGCAAGAAAGAAUGGACAGGUUCUUCAAGAAUGAAACUAAAAUUCAGCAAGAAUCCAUCAAGGAACGAUGACUGACCAUAUCAAAUCAAUUGAGAAGUAUCCGUCAUCAAAGAUUGUCUGGUAUCCAUUCGUGAUCUAUGUUGGGAAUUUUUACGUCUUCUUAGUUCUUCACGUACUGUUCCACGUGUUCCCUGCAAUCGCUGCUGAUGUGGUCCUAAUGAUCCAGCGGAAGAAACCAACGGCGUUGAAGAUAGCAUCCAAGGCAACCGUGCAGUUUCGUGCGUUGUAUUACUUCAUCAGUACAUCUUGGGUUAUAAAAGCAGAUAAGCUGAAGAGUGUUUUGAAUCGUAUGGAUGCUACCGAUCUAGAGGAAUUUUCAUUUGAUAUGACACUUAUAGACUGGAAUUAUCUGUCUGUAACAAUUGCCCUGAACGCUCGUAAACGACCCGAUCGAAACGCUUCCCGAAGCAAGGAGGAGAUUCCGAAAACUUAAAAUACUUCA